UGAUUCUGCAUUUUAACUUCAGCGAAUCCUCGUCAACGUCUCUAAAUGCUAAAGCUGCUGCCAGGCGGUUGACUGAUUUGCUGUUUGUGUUAACGCGCAACUGAAUGGGAUGUAUGUGGCCGAUGAAUGGAUGCAUGCAAUUUUUGUCUCCUCUUUCUGUCCUAGAUCUUCUCCUCUGUAUACAGACAGCAGCUGAUUGUUGCCCUCAUGAUGCACCUUUCACAGCAGCUGUCCGGCAUUAACGCAAUCUUCUACUACUCUACAGCCAUCUUUGCCCAAGCUGGUGUCAGUCAGCCAGUCUAUGCUACAAUAGGAGUGGGAGUCAUCAACACAAUCUUCACUCUGGUGUCUGUUGCACUGGUGGACAGAACCGGCAGGCGUACGCUGACUCUGGUCGGUCUGGGAGGGAUGUGCUGCUGCGCCGUCGCCAUGACAGUGGGUCUCAAAUUCCAGAAUGACUUCUCCUGGAUGAGCUAUGUCAGCAUGGUAUCCAUCUUCCUUUUUGUGAGUUUCUUUGAGAUUGGUCCUGGUCCCAUUCCUUGGUUCAUAGUGGCCGAACUGUUCAGCCAAGGGCCUCGGCCGGCCGCCAUCGCCCUGGCAGGUUGCUGCAACUGGACCAGUAACUUCAUCAUAGGCAUGACCUUUCCAUACAUACAGGCUUGGCUGGACUGUUACGUGUUUGUUCUGUUUGCCGUGUUGCUUCUUGGUUUCACCAUAUUUAUCUAUCUCCGGGUUCCUGAGACCAAGGGCAAGACGUUUGAGGAGAUUGCUGCGGUCUUCCAAAAGAAACGGAGGAUUCCCAAAGACAACGCUGAACUGCAGCAGCUCAAAACAUCCAGCGACGCUUAAGGAAGUGACAGCUUUACAGUAUCUUGCAAAAGUGUCCGUACUGUACCUCUUGACCUUUUUAACAUUUCAUCAUCUCACAACAACAAGCU